AUGGUGACGCCGGUGUCAGACAACUCCAAGCGAGCUUCCAUGGAGUAUGCUGUGGAGACUCAUUCAUUUGAGUGUAUGAUGGGGGACGGCAAGACGAUCACUGUGGAAGUUGAGCUACCACUGAUCAAAGUUGUUGAUGGGGCAUUGGCCUUCGUGAAUGAGAUCAAUGGUUCCUCCUACGCAGUGCUGAAGCGUGGCCUUCUGCCUGGCGAGAAGUUCAAGGCCCCUGUGUCCAAGAAGCGCAAGGCCGAUGAUGCAAUGCCUGCUGAAGAGCAAGCUGGCCAGUCAG